CAUCUCUCAGCCCCCAGCCUGUCACAUCAAUGCAUGAGUAUUAUAUAAGGCAUCAUCGGUGACUUCACUCUUGUUCGGCGUUUUUUUCUGCAACAGACCACCUAAUCAAGAUCUGACGUUCGUUCGUCCAAGUACUUGCAACGAUGAAAGAUGCCUUCACGACACGGAUAGCUUCACUUUUCUCAUACGGAGGAGCACCAAGCCGACGACGGGACUCGAAGGUUGCUCCUUGUAGGAAGGGCUGAGAGCCAACGACGGCGCGCGAGAGAGGGUUCUGGCGCUGGACGAGUCUGAUGGAGGGCUGAAUGGCGGAAAUGCAACUCGACUUGAAACCCAUGCUACGUCACUCAUAGCGCGUGUCCCAUACCCACACAUUUUGGCCAUCUGGUUGCUUUGUAUCAUGGGGGGCACACAGGAGGAUGUCAACGAAGUCUUCUUGCGGCCCGACUUCUCCGCACAGGCAUACGCAAAUGCCAUCAUCGAAGGCCGCUCGGCCGACGGAGCAUCGCAGGGCCAAUCCCAAGGGCAAGCGCAGAGCAGCGUCACGCUUGCGCUGAGCAAGUUGAACAUCGCGCUCGAUGAUAGCGCGCGUCUCAUCAAGGAGGAAGUCACUGCCAGCGCGACGGAGCUCGUAGCUAGCGCGCAACAUGCGUGCCAAACCGAGGGGGAGCUUUCCGUUCUGUGUUCAGCCAUUGCUGGUCUGCAACAGAGUACUCGCGAAAUGAAGCAAAAGGUGACAUCCGAUUACCAUCUCCUUGGCCGAUUGCAAACACGCACAGAAAAGCUGCAGCAAGUAGCGGGCGUGAUUCGCAACACUGUGCGCUUUGUCGUCCUCUGUCGGCGUCUCGACACACAAUUGAGGUCAGCUGUACCCUGCUACAGUGAGGCGCAGGCUAGCAGGGACUGUGACGGCCCAGGGGAGGAGGGAGGCAAAAUGGCUGCCCUUGCGGAGACGCCAGAGGACGGCAACGCAGCUGCCCACUUGGUCGAAAGCGCCAGUCAGCUGCCCAAAGCAGCCGUAAUUCUAACUGCAAUCGAAGGACUCCUUGUACCGGCACAAGAUUCAACCUCGGCAGAGCUCUCUAUCACAGGACUACAUGUCGUGCAACAAAGGCAAGCAUGGGUGAUCGAGGCACGGCAGUUCAUCACCGAGCGCAUGGAAGACAUCGUCGUUCAGGGGCUCAAAGAGCUUUCCAUCCCGUUGCUUAGCGCAUCGCUAGCUACUGCGCUCAAUCUCGGCGGUCUCCCAGAGUUGGUGCAGGACCUGCUCGCGGACCUGACGGACGUCGUUCGCGAGCGCACACGCGCCGCUUUCGACGUUGCCACGCUCGCACGAGAAGCUGCUGCUGCCAGCGGCAAGGCGGCAGCGGUUGGACGCUCGUACGCGCCUCGUUCUACCGCCGGUGCUGCCGGCACGCGUGCAGAGCAGGAUGCGAGGUACGCAGCGCUUCUGUGGAGGCGCAUGCAGACGCUGCUGGUACAUGAGAUGAGCGCGGUGUGCAAGAAGGUGUACACGCUCGAGAAGGUGCUCAGGCUCAAGACCUCGACUAGCCCUGCGGAUACGAGCGGUGUGGACCAGCAGGAUGAGCAUGGUGAAGCGCGCGGCGCCGGCGCCGACAACGGCAAGACGCUGCUGGAGGACGCAAUGGCCGUGCUAGAGGACAAGCCAAGCCUGCUGUUCUGGCGCACGCUGGCGGAGUCUUUCGAGCGCGAAAGCGGCGCUGCGAUGCAGGCUUCCGCUCCUUUCAAGAACAAUUUAGAGCAAGGCUUCUUGCAGCUACUGCAGAUCUUCCUAGACUUCUUUGAUCAGAUUACCCUGUACACCGACACAGUGUAUACCUUUGAAAGACAAACGCCUGAAUCAUUAAUGUUGAUGACGAAGCUCUCGGCCCUUUCGCGCGGCUACGUCGCUCGCGUUGCAUCUCGUCUGGACGACGCGGCAUCUACCUCUUUUUCCUCGAGGAACGUUCCCGGCCAGAUGGAAGGUGCUCAUUUUGCGAAGUUGCUCUGCAAGGAACUCGAGCAGGUCAAGGAUCCGCUGCUUCUUCCUGCACUUGUUAGGUGCGCCGAGAAUGCAGCGCAGGAUUACUUUGAUCAACUGCUGCGUCUGCGCGUCUCGCCCCCACUCAACCUGGCAGCAGGCCAGAGUUUCUCUGGUCACCUGAGAAAUGCAGAUUUGGCCAGCGCUGCCUAUGCGAUUGUGACCACCCUGCUAGAGCGCAAACACUCGUCUUCUCCCGCGCUUCGGUCUUUUCUCCAAAGUAAUUUCUCCAAAUUCGAACAGGCUGUUCAGGAACAAUUCUUCACCCCGCUUUUCGAGAGCGUUCAGACCCAGCUCCAGCUUCCAAUUUCGCGGAUGCAGUACACCACAGAGACGAAGCACUUCAAAAGCGUCAGCCCAUACAUGGCCGACUUGAGUGAUCGCAUGGCGCUUUUGCGCGAUUCGAUCCUUCCCAAAUACCAGAUCGGCGACGUGAAGGAGGAUUGGCUGAAACGAAUUGUGGAAGCCACGCUUAAUUUCUUCGUGGAACAGCUGGAGCAGCUCUCUUCGCCAGAUGUGCUGACGGGGAAUUCCAGGCUGACAGCCGACAUAUCCGAACUGCAAUUGUCCGCAUCGAAAAUCUUGGCAAAUGGGAGUUUCAGGGAGUCGAUACAGCUGGAUGCUUUACCUGCGCACUCAAGACUUCAAAGCCUACGAAACAUGUGUGCAUAGUCAAUACAUUUGCUCUCCACAU